AUUUAGAUGCAGUCAACGAUGAUUAUAAUACUAAUAGCGUUCAAACCUCCUAUUCAUUACACGACGCUCAACUUCACGAUGAAACUGUUGAUAAUGUGGAACAAAGUCAACAAACAGACAUCGAAAACGAAAGUAUCACUGAUCAUAAAAUUGCGUCUGCCAAACAAUUAUUAAUCUUGGGACGUUCUUACCAAAGAGAAGGCCGAAAUGAAGAGGCUAUCAAAAGCUACGAACAAGCAGUUCAAAUUGCGGAUGAAAUAAAUCAGAAUGACAUCAAACCAAAAGCUUAUCAACACUUGGGAAACGUAUUUACUGUAACUUCCGAGUAUAAGAAAGCAGUCGAAUAUUAUCAGAAAGCACGUAAAAUAUCUCCACGCCUCGAGGGAGAUGAGUUGGAAGUAAUAGCAUAUCAAUGGUUGGGUUACAACCACCUGCAAGCUGGUCAGUACAAAGAAUCCAUAGAGUAUUACAAAGAAGUGGUAAAACUUGCUUCACAGCUUGCAGACAAAAAGAGGUCGCUUACACUUAACGCUUACCUAAGAUUAGGAAGUGCAUUUAGUUAUACUGACAACUUUGAGUCUUCGCGAAAGUAUUUCUUGAAAGCCCUCACAGUAGCAGAACAGAUGAAUGACUAAGUUCUCCAAAAGGAAGCAUAUACAAAUUUGGGAUAUCUAUACUACCAGAGUUGUAAGUUUGAUGCUGCUGUCAAAUCGUAUCUGAAAGUUCAGGAAAUAUCUCAUGAUCUUGGUGAGAGAAAAGAAGAAGCCAACGCCUGUCUCAUGCUCGGUGAUACCUUUCAAAAAUUAAAGCAACACAAGAAAGCCAUUGAAUGUUAUCAAAUGACUUUAAGUAUCAGUGAAGAAUUGAAGGAUAAAGAAAUGCAAGUAGUCGCAAUUCAGAGAUUAGGAAUAUUAUAUUUAAAUUUGGCAUCAAGUUAUUCUGGAGAUUUUGAUCACGAGAAGGCAAUAGCAUGGCACGAGAAGGCAUUGGAUAUUCUUGGAAAUGAGCCCUGUGAUCACCUCUUGCAUGAGAAGGCUCUUACUGGUUUGGGAGUUGCCUGGUUUAAUUUCGGAGAUACAGAAAAAGCGAUGGAGUCAAUUCAGGAAUCCCAAAACGUUGCAAAGAAUACCGACACAGGUAGUUAUUACACAUUGCUAUAUUUUGUGGAACACAACGUGCGAUCUACGUAAAUAAUAGUAAAUAAUACGAGGUCAUUAUUCCAACAUUGAUAUUCAAGACGAACAUGAUUUGGACUUACUUUUCUCGUUUUUCCUAUACAGGGUAUAUAAAAAAGAUAAUCCUACUUUGGCAUGUUAUUGUGCAUUAUAUAUUACGUUUAUCCAUUUACUUUUUUCAUACCAAUAAAGGUCAAUACCUGUCGAAUGAUACCUUUCUUGUAUCAUUGCGAUCAAAAAUGGCCAAAUAGAAUCCGAUCGAUUUAAAAAUGCCGGUCGAAAUCAUAUUUUUCCACCAUUGAAUUGGAUGUAAAGCUAUAAAUAGUCUUAGUAUUGAAAUUAUUCUCAUUUGGGAUUUAAAGUGCCACUGCGAUGGAAAAUUGUGCUGUCUUUUUAUUGUAUAUUCAGGAAGUAUGUCAGUAGAUAAACAAAAUUACCAAAUAUCAGCGUCCAAUUCCAUUUCCUUCUGCCUUUUUUUUCAACGCAAACAUGCAAAUUUUUCGGCCGCCAUUACUGAGUUGCCAAUUAGUGAGAUGUUGAUUUCUUAACCGGAUGUGACGUCAUUUACUCAACACGCUUCUUUCCCGAAGGAGAAAUUAAUAUUAUCAAAUGCUUAUUCUAGGCUGUUUUUUGUUCAAAAUUAUGUCUUCUGACGAAAGCCACAGCUCAAAUUUUGCAACACAAUCAUCUUGCGAACUCUCUUUUGCCGAAGACGUUUCUUGUGAUAGCGGGGGUGAUGUAAAUAUGGAGAAAAGUGUGGAUUUGUGCGAGGCCUAUGAUACUUCAGUCGAAGCUCUUGCCACUGAAACGAAAAGUACUAUAACUGAGAGAGAGCAAGAGCAGCAAACACUGUCUGCUGAAUUGUCUGGGGAAACCUUAACGGGCACCUGGUACGUUUUGGAUUGUAUUUAUUUACGUUUUGGUUUAUAUAUUUGUGACAUAAAACAAACAUGUGAUGGCCAUGUUUAACAAAACAAAUGGUCACUGGUCUCCUUAUAAAAAAUCAUUGUCACCUCCGUUAUAUUGCACGAAACGUCUUCAAUGAGAGAUGGCUUAAAGAUGACUGUGUUGCCAAAUUGGAAAUCCUAACUCACGUAAGAAAACAUAUUAAUUUGCACAAAGUUGUGGGAAAUAUAUUUCAAUUAUAUAUAUUAAUAAAUAUAUUAUAUACUUCAAUAGUAUACUUCAAUAGUAUACUUUAAUAUAUUAAUGAUCCAUAGGUAUAAAUGUGGUAACUGUGUCCUGGCUCAUUGUUGUUUAUGUGAACCUUGUAAGAAAAAAUGCUGGAAGAAAACAUGCAUGACUGCUGCUUAUUAAACUGAGCAUCCAGCAUUUGAUAUUGGUUGUUUGAAACAUUGGGUGUUAAAACUUCCUGGUUUAAGUUACAAAACCUGAUUAAAAGGCUGCCAAAUUAUACCACUCUGUAUACCGAAGGGAAAAAGAGUGAACCAGACUAAGUAUUUCAAUGUGUAGUUCUAGGCAAUACCCCCUGCUAAUGGAAGAGAUUUAGUUAAUUAUGAACCCCCACCCCUCUAGAUUUUUCUAAUUGUCACUGACAGCUUGUUUCCCCCACCCCUAUGGAAAUUCUGAACAGUUUUUUACUACUAUCAUACUUUCAAGCAUGAUGUCGGUGUUUUAAAAAAUAUCUCGGCAAAAUGUUCAUUGUUCACAUAAACAAGACAGAAACCGUAUCUUGGCAUAUGCACAGCAAGGAAGGGGGUACCUUCUUGAACUGUUGGUAUACAGCUCCACACAAGCUUCACUACUUGAUAUGCAACUGCCCUAAGAAACAUACUUUCAAAAAGAAAAUUUAUAUAUUAACAUGACAGCUUUAAAAUUUAGUAAUCCAAAAACUAUCAUGUUAUUUGUGAGCUGUGUUCUGCACAAAAACACCAGGAUUCAUAAUACAAGAUCCUUGUUUGGCUUACAUAUAACUUAGCUAUAGGCUUUUCAAGUUUUCUUGUUCACAUGACAGGAUAUUUCAGUACCUUGCUCACCUUUACAGGGAUUCAAACAUUACUAAAUUCAGAAUAUGAUACUCAGAUCAUGACAUUGUAUCAGUUUGGCUGCCCCUGGCUGAUGAGAAUUUCUUACCACUCAUCGCCAGAGUAGGGAGUGCUCUUUUUCUCACCAACCUACCUGGUAGUCAUUCUUUUUAAAGAAAAACAUGCAAAUAUGUCUGGGGGUUGCCUUUUGAGGGAAUGCUUAAUGCCAAAAAUUACUCCUACAUGACUCAGUCAAAUUGCAUAGUUCCAGGAAAUAGCCAUACCCCCCCCCCCACACCCCACCCUGCUACAGAAGAGAUCGGAAAUUCAAGAGGAUAGGGGGUGGUGUUGACCAUUGCAUCAAGAUUUCCAAUGGAAUGGGGGUAUACUAAAAGUCUUGAUAUUUCCAGAAGGUAUUCAAAUACAACCAAUAUCAAAUGCUGGUCAUGCAUGUUUUCUUCCAGCAUUUUUUCUCACAAGGUUCACAUAAACAACAAUGAGCCAGGACACAGUUACUAUUGAAGUAUACUAUUGAAGUUUAUAAUAUAUUUAUAUUAAUAUAUAUAAUUGAAAUAUAUUUCCCACAACUUUGUGCAAAUUAAUAUGUGUUCUUACGUGAGUUAGGAUUUCCAAUUUGGCAACACAGUCAUCUUUAAGCCAUCUCUCAUUGAAGACGUUUCGUGCAAUAUAACGGAGGUGACAAUGAUUUUUUAUAAGGAGACCAGUGACCAUUUGUUUUGUUAAACAUGGCCAUCACAUGUUUGUUUUAUGUCACAAAUAUAUAAACCAAAACGUAAAUAAAUACAAUCCAAAACGUACCAGGUGCCCGUUAAGGUUUCCCCAGACAAUCCAGCAGACAGUGUUUGCUGCUCUUGCUCUCUGUCAGUUAUAGUACUUUUCGUGUAUUAUGUUUUUUCAGUGGCAAGAGCCUCGACAGGCUCGACUGAAGUAUCAUAGGCCUCGCACAAAUCCACACUUUUCUCCAUAUUUACAUCACCCCCGCUAUCACAAGAAACGUCUUCGGCAAAAGAGAGUUCGCAAGAUGAUUGUGUUGCAAAAUUUGAGCUGUGGCUUUCGUCAGAAGACAUAAUUUUGAACAAAAAACAGCCUAGAAUAAGCCUUUGAUAAUAUUAAUUUCUCCUUCGGGAAAGAAGCGUGUUGAGUAAAUGACGUCACAUCCGGCUAAGAAAUCAACAUCUCGCUAAUUGGCAACUCAGUAUAAAUGGCGGCCGAAAAAUUUGCAUGUUUGCGUUGAAAAAAAAGGCAGAAGGAAAUGGAAUUGGACGCUGAUAUUUGGUAAUUUUGUUUAUCUACAGACAUACUUUCUGAAUAUACAAUAAAAAGACAGCACAAUUUUCCAUCGCAGUGGCACUUUAAAUUGAAGUCGCUUGAGUAAAUAUGGCGGAACGCAUGUGUAAGGAUCAAGUUUUGAUAAACUUUCAAAUCGCUAUUUUACAUCGAAAUUUAGUGGUUAAAACAUUUUACAACACUGGAAGCUUGCAGACUGCGCUCACACUGGCAUAUGUACGUUUCGCAAAUGGGCAACAAACAUUUGGGCAAAUGUUCGAAGUGGAAGAACAACAUUUAAAUCGCAAAGGUGGAAAAAUGUGAAUUCAACCGAUCACUUUAAAUCAGAUCGCAUUUGGUCAUUUUUUAUCGCAGUCAUUUCAUGUAGGUGUCAUUUGAAACUAAAAGAGCCCGAUCUUUAUAAUUACGAAAAAGAAAACCUAUUGACGCAUUAAUUAACGCACGAUAUAUAACAUGUCAAAGUUGGAUUACCUUUUUUUACACACCCUGUACUGUAGGCCUAUAUUGUAUAUUUAAGUCGUAGAUCAAUUUAGAAUAUUUCUCACAUUUAUUGCUUCUCACAAAGUUGAAACCACGCGUGAGCACAUAAAUUCUACAGAGCAGAAAGCAACGCCCUCACCAGUACCAGUUUUUUGUUUUGCUGUGUCAGUGGAAAGACCACGUGUAUUUGUUUAAGAAAGCUUUCCAAAACUUUGCUAAAUAAAUAUAUGUGCAUGCACGCAUGCAUAUUAGUCUAUUUUGGUAUUGUUAAAACAAAUACGGUAAUGAAUGUUUUUAUUCGUGCAAUGGUAAGAAUAUUUUCAUGAGGUGAAAGAUGGAAUGUUCCAUUCAACGUGGCGACAGCCGAGUUGAAUGGUACAUUCCAUCUUCCAGCGAAUGUAUUCACCGUUAUGUAUCAUCACAAGAAAAAAAGUUUUAGCUACCGCACACACACACUUUGGACUUUCUAAGAAGCUUGUAAGAAGUGAAUGAAUCUGAAUUAAGCCGCACUUCUUUUGAAAUGAGUGCAUUUUCUGCCGUCCACAUGAGAAGAAGACGUUCGAACGUGUGUUGAUCUACAAAUGUACGAUUUUACGGCAUGUAUUUGUCUUACGAAUAGUGUUCAAUUAAUACACGAUAUUUGGUAUGUUUUAUCUAAUCCGAAUAAUUUUUAAAUUAAUAUAUUCAGGUGAAUGUGAAGACAAAAAAUCAGAGAAUGUUGUCGUGUUUCGAGAAUCAGAGCCAGUAAUUACAGGUAACACUUUCUAUUUAUUGAAAUGAAAGCCAAAACCCUUCACUCGCUUCAGUGAAUCACGGUAUAUUAGUAAACAACUCCUUGGGUAUAUUUAUGUACUUUAAAUCUCUCACUAGCUAACAAGUAAAGUUUUAAUUAUAUUGUAACUUAAAUUAACUCGAGUAAAAACCUGCUAUUUUGUUUCGGCGUCUUUGUCCUUACAUAAAAUCUAUUGGCCUAAUUUUUUGCGGAGAAAAGGUAGGAACAUGUUGGCUUGUCACAGACAUGCUGGUGAUAACUUGUUAUCACGUUUAUAUGUCGUUCAUGGAAGAAAGAGCGCAUUUUAAAAAUCCCCACCUGCCCAUUGAAGUUUUGUUUGAUUAUUUUGAACCUGCAAAACCAGAACAUGAAUAUAAGGUAGAAAUUGAUGAAGAACACGAUCUCCAGCUUGGAAGUUCUCACCUGGAUUAUAAAUUUUUGCGUUUGAAAGAAUGCGAAGCUCUUAAAGAUCGUAAAGGUCUUAGUCCUAUUGUUAGAAACUGUUUAUUACGAGAGGGUCUGGUUGUUAUCGUUGGCCAUCCUGGAGGAAGCAAAAUGUAG